AUGCUGUGUGCAGAAGUCAGUGGCAGUCUCUACCUGUCUGCACACGAGGCGUAUAUACACAGGUCACUAAAGCGCUCCCCGCCCCCGAGCCCAAGCCCCGCCCCCGAGCUCCAUUUCCGGCACCACCCCCACCCCCCCCACUUUCUGCCUCCGGAGCCUGUUCUCGCAGAUGAUGGUGCUUCCUGCGCCAAGUCCUCUGCCGUCGGGCCCUCCGGGAGCACCCAGGACCUCGGACCUGGGGCCGGGGAGAACACCCGGGCGUCUGACGGCACCAGCAGCCGCCUCGUGAAUGCGACCGACUGCGAGAGGCACAGCCAGCCGUGGCAGGGUGCGCUGUUGCUGGGACCCAGCAAGCUCUACUGCGGGGCCGUGUUGGUGGGCUCGCGGUGGCUGCUUACGGCCGCCCAGUGCCGAAGGCAAGUUUUCAGAAUGCGUCUUGGCCACCAUUCCCUGUCACCCAUAUAUGAAUCCGGGCAGCAGCUGUUUCAGUGGAUCAAAUCCAUCCCCCACCCUGGCUCUUCCCACCCCGGCCACUCCAGCGACCCCAUGCUCAUCAAACUGAACAAAAGAAUCCGUGAGACUCAGUAUGUCAGGCCCAUCAGCAUCUCCUCCCACUGUCCGUCUGCUGGGACCAGCUGCUGGACAACCAGCAGGCCCCCGGCUACCUUCCCCAGAGUCCUCCAGUGCUGGAACAUUACUGUGCUAAGUGAUGACAGGUGCAAGACGGCCUAUCCAAAUCAGAGAGACGACACUAUGUUCUGUGCUGGUGACCAGGCCGGCAGAGACUCCUGCAAGGGUGAUUCCGGAGGCCCCGUGGUCUGCAAUGGUUUCCUCCAGGGCCUUGUGUCCUGGGGAGACUUUCCCCGCGCCCAGCCCAACAGACCCGGCGUCUACAUCUGCCGGUUCUCCAGGUGGAUCCGGGACACUACCCAGUCUAAUUCAGGAGUCAUCCUAGGACCCGGCAUUCUGGCCUCCCUCGCCCCCUGCAAGUCCCCACCUCUGCAGGGACCCCAACACUCCUUCCAGACACCACUUCCUUCCCCAGAAUGUUGAGGUUGUUCACCUCUCCAGUGCCCCGCCCCCAGUCUCCUGGAAUCAAGGUCUCCCUUCCCAGACAGUGGAGGGACAGGUCCUUCUGGUCAGAUCCUGAAGACAGCUCCCUGAAUGACCGGGGCGAGAGCUGCACUGCACCUCUGUGUCCCCAGUGCUUCCUUCCUCAGGUCCAGAGUCCACCUUCCCUGCAGCUCUGACCCAAAUUUGGUCCCAGAAAUAAGACAUCUGAGGAGUGGGCUCCGUGUGUGGUCUCUUCCUUGAACGGCCGGGCAGCCAGGAGCAAGUCCCUCACCCCUCGGCACUGCUGUGUUUACUCUAUUAGGUUAUUUCACUGGCAGGAAACAGAGAUUCACUCGGUCUGCUUUUCAUUUUAUUCAUCAAUAUUGAUCGACUGCCAGGAACGUGUCCAGAUGCCGGGGAUAUUGCAACGGGCCUAACAGAGAAAAAUUCCUGCUGCGUGAAGCUCCCCCUGUAGCAGGGGAAGACAGACAAUAAAAAGAUAGACAAACACAUUAUAUACUAUAAUAAGUAUGUGAUAUGAAUAAAAGGAGAACAGGGCAUGAGGAAAGAGAAGAACGUUGGGGGGAUGUGUAUUUACACUGGAAGGUCCGAAGGGUGUGGGAGAGCAGUAGCUACUCUCACCCCCACCUUCACCCCAAGACGUCCACAUCCUAAUCCCUGGAACCUAUGACUAUGUGACUUUAUAUGGCAAAGGGACUUUGCAGCUGUGAUUGAAUUAAGGCUCUUGAGAGGGAGAGACCAGUAGAAGCCAAAGGGUCCUUAUAAGAAGGAGGCAGGAUAGGGGGUCAAAAAGAGAGAGAGAUUGGAUGAUGCUAUACUGAUGGCUUUGAAGAUGAAGGGGCCAUGAGCCUAGGCAUGUAGGUGGCCUCUAGGUAAUGAAAAGGGCACAGAAAUGGAUUCUCCCCUAGAGCCCCCGGAAGGAAUUCAGCCCUGCCCGUCAAUGCCUUGAUUUUAGCCCAGUGAGACAACAUUUUGGACGUCUGACCUCCAGAACAAUAAGAGAGUAAAUCUGUGUUGUAAGCCACUACAUUUGUGAUCAUGUGUUACAGCCGCAACAGGAGACUGACAUGAAGGGUCUCUCAGAGGAUGUGUCAUUUGAGCUGAGACGUCUGGGAUGAAAAGGGACCAGCCCCGUGAAUGUCUGGUGCUCCAGAUAGGAGGGCAAGUGCAAAGGCUCUGAGAUGGGGAGAGGCUGGGCAUUUCUCAGAAUGCAAAGAAGACCAAUAUACCUGGCAGCUGGUUGCUUUGUUUUCCGAAAAGGUUGGGAAGCCACCAGCGGUUUGAAAGCCAGAUGGUGACGUGUGCUAAGAAGAUCAUCCUGGCUGUUGGUGGAGAACAGCAUGGAGCUGCUUAUUGGCCGGAGUUGAAAAGGGAGGUGCUUUAGCAACAGGCUCUCCACGACUUGCAGUUGGAAAACGUCAGGACAGAAGCAGCUGCCUCUGGGAUCCCUCCCUCUUCCCCCACGUGACCUCGCUUUCACGGUCUCUCUCUUCUCAUUUCCUGCAAGGGGCAGCCUCUGUUUUCCAUCAUUCCCCCUGAUAACUGGCUCCAGUGAUUGGCUCGUCUUAGAGUUCACAGUCGAGAGAGAGAAAAAACCUGAUUGGAUGCUCUUGGGAGGUGCCGACUCUGGGUCCAAUCAGCUACGGCCAAGGAGGUGGGGCCGCCUAGUGCAGGUGGAGCCUCCAGUCACCCUUUCAGCAGCGGCGGCGGGUAGUCAAGGGAAAGGACACAUCCGGAGACACGAGUUUUAGUCUCGGCAUCCAGAUGUCAACAUUAUAUUUGUUUGGUUCACCCAGCUUUUUAUCUAUAGUUGUAAACAUUUCCUUCUCACUGUUGCCAAGUAUAUUAUUUUGUAAAUGUACCCAUUUUAACCGUGAAUAAGCGUUUGAAUAGUUUCUAGUUUCUUCAACAGUUCUAAACCAUUUGACUGUUUCCUAAUGUAACGUUUGCUAAAACUAUGGUGAAAACAGUUUAGGAGAAGCAAUGUACUUUGAAGCUCCAACCACCCCAUUCCCGUGCUUAUUCCUCCUGAUGACAGAACCCAGAAGCAUCCUGGAUCGGGUUUCGGCUCAAGGGUGAGCAGGAGAUCAGAAGGGAAGUGUGUGCGCCGGGAGGCAGAAAUUGUGGAUUGUGCACUUGUCUGACUCAGCACAGGGCAAGCUGGAAAAAACUGAGACGUAGUCGUCAUUCUCUGCACGGCGUUACCACCUGGGGCCGUCUGUUGCACGGGGUGGCACGUGCCCUAAAUAAAGAUGCUCACCAGGUGGCCACGUGAUCCAGUUCUAAGCAGUAAGACAUAAGCUGCAGUAUGAUAGAUAACUUGGGUUGGAGCUCUAGACAGGAGGACAGACUGGGGAGGAGUGUAAACAAUAGUCAGUGUUCUAGUUCUUGGCCUGGAUGUUGGGUUCACAGAUAUUUAUUAUUUGUUGAAAUGAAUGAAUGAAUAACUAAGUAAAAUAAAAGAGGGUCAUGCAUGGAUCAGUGUUUUAAAAAAAAGAAGACAUAAGCUGAAACCUAGCAGCUGGGUUUUCCUGGGAGGCUUUUGUUUUGCCGAUAAAAGGGAGAGCAUUAUGUUUGGUCCUUCCCUCUCUUCCCACCUGGCAUGUAGGUGCCCGGAGGUAGACCAGUCACUUUGAGGAUAAAAGCCACAAAUAAAGAUUCGAUUGUGGGAUCCCCCUGGUGGCGCAGUGGUUAAGAAUCCGCCUGCCAAUGCAGGGGACAUGGGUUCGAGCCCUGGUCUGGGAAGAUCCCACGUGCCGCGGAGCAACUAAGCCCGUGCGCCACAACUACUGAGCCCGCGCUCUAGAGCCAGCGAGCCACAACUACUGAGCCCGCGUGCCACAGCUACUGAAGCCCGCGCGCCUAGAGCCCAUGCUCCACAACAAGAGAAGCCACCGCA